CGCCUAUUAAAGUAAACAAAGCGGAAGGUUGAGCUUCACAGUGAGGUUUUGAGGCUGCCCCCUCUUCGGUCUGGAAACUGGAAACUUUUAGUUUUACUGCUGAUUGUGUAAAUUGCAAUGCGAUGUCAUCCCUUCUCCCGUUCACCAGCAGCUUGCUGGGAGCAUCCAGGCGGUUCAUGUGGAGAAGUACUUCUGGUCUCUCUCCGCUGCUCAGUCUGACCCCGCCUGCACCCUCAUGGGUUGUGGCUUUUGGUAAGAAGGACCUGCCUGAUCUCCCAGUCCUGUUGGAGGAAGAGCUGGAAGAGCAGUUCGUGAGGGGAUCCGGGCCAGGAGGACAAGCUACUAACAAAACCAGCAACUGUGUAGUUCUCAAACACAUCCCCACCGGGAUUGUAGUGAAGUGUCAUCAGACCAGAUCUGUGGAUAUAAACCGAAAGCGUGCCCGGGAUAUAAUGAGGGAGAAACUUGAUGUGGCAUAUAAGGGUGAACUCAGGAAGAAAAAUGGACUGAAAACGGACAAAAAAACAGGUGAGACUGCUGAACAAACAACUACCUCACAAGCGGAGACAAAGGAAAACAAGCCACAAAUUAACAAGGAAUUUGUUGAUAAAACACAUCCAGUUGUCCAGAGUCUGCGCAGUACAGGUAAACCCAGGUCCCCGCUGAGCGACAGCUCCAGCAUGCUCAUCCUGGAGGGGAAUGAUUCUGAUGCCACUGAUCCUGGUCUGUCAAAGCUGAAGCAAGUCACAAACGAUGAAGCAAAAUCUAAGAGCUGUAGCUCCAAAGAGCAGAAACCAGACGGGCCGUGUCAAAGUGAGACAAAAAAGCAAAUCUCUGGCAAACCAAAGCAAAAAGAGCCCAGCGCAGAAUCAGAUGGUAGCCCUGCAGUGCCAUCGGCCACGCCUCGGAGUAAAGCCAGCCGCCGCAAGCUUGGAGCAAAAAAGAUGGAGAACAAAGCUCUUCAAAACAGAAAAGUCACAGAUUAUUUUCCCAUCAGGAGAAGUAACAGGAAAACUAAAACGGAGAUAAAGAGUGAAGAACACAGACACAUUGAUGACCUGUUAAAGAACGGCAUCGAAGAAGGACUGGAGGUCAAACACAUAGAAGGAAAAGGAAGAGGAGUCUUUGCUGGGAAGAGUUUCAAAAAGGGAGAUUUUGUUGUCGAGUACCAUGGCGACCUGCUGGACCUGGCUGAGGCCAAAAAGAGAGAGGCCCAGUAUUCUGAGGACCCUAAAACAGGCUGUUACAUGUAUUACUUCCAGUAUCAGGCUAAAACCUACUGCAUAGAUGCUACCAAAGAAACGAACCGUCGUGGACGGCUGUUGAACCACAGUAAAAGUGGGAACUGCCAGACGAGGCUCCACCCCAUCGAUGGGACACCUCAUCUGAUCUUUGUGGCCUCCAGGGACAUCAAGGCAGAGGAGGAACUGCUCUAUGACUACGGGGAUCGGAGCAAAGAGUCCAUCUCUGCACACCCCUGGCUUAAAUACUGAGAGUUUUAUUAUGCUGAACACGAGUCGUUCUCAGUCUUUAUAAAAGUGAGCUUUACAUAAAAUGACACUCUUUGAAAACAUGCCUGAAGUGAAGCUGUGAGCUUCAAUACUUGAAGUGUUUUUUUGUUUGUUUGUUUUCCUGCAAGAUGUGCUUUUAUUCUUUUAGUUUCUUUUCUAAAUUAAUUGAAUGCUGUUUUGGCUACAGUGAAAUACAGCCUGAGUUUGAUAUGAGGAAAAAAAACUAAAGAUCAUUUAUGAUGAUCUUCAGGGUGUCGUGCAAAUUCUCUGCUGUCUUUAUUUUCUUCAUUACUCUGUGGUUUCUCAUGAUGUUUGCUGUUUAGAUAUUCAGGUUCUGUACAGUUAAGUCAAAAAAAUAUUU